UGGGCUGCGCCGUUUAAUUCCCCCCAUUUUUUCUGCUCCAAGUUCCUGACUUUAAUGGUGGCUGGGAGAGGUAGCAAGGAAAAAGGAAGCUCUUUUCACGGCCAUUCAAAAUUCAUCAGUGGUAAAGUGACGAGCCUGUGUGUGUAUUGGAUUUAGGAAAAGAAAAAAAGGUAGAAAACCGAAUGGAAGAUGAUGGGAUGACCCACGGGAGGGAGGGAGAGAGGGAGGUCCCUCUGGAUGGACAGAUUGCAAUGUCUGUAUGCACACAAACUGUUCGACGAAAGUGGCCAAAGAACACUGCCAGCUGCGACAUAUAUGAUAUCCCUCUCCAUCGACACCUUUCUCUAUCCUCACUUUGUUUCAUGUUUUGGUGUUUCUUUCUUUCUAUUCCCCACCCACAUUCAUUCUCGUUUUCUCUCCCACCGCCAUUAUUUCUUUCAGCACUAGGAGCUCUUCCCUUCCAUGGACACCCUUCUUCCCUCCUCUGCUCCCCACCGCCGCACUGAAUGGGUGUUUCGGGAUGUUCCAAGUGAUAUAAUUAUUGAAGUGGAUGGUGCCACAUUCUCCCUUCAUAAGUUCCCUCUUGUCUCGCGAAGCGGACGAAUCCGGAAGCUGGUUUCGGAGCAUUGCAGGGACACCAAUGCCUCCAGGAUCGAGCUCGUCAGCCUGCCGGGAGGUCCCGAGGCAUUCGAACUCGCGGCGCAGUUCUGCUACGGCGUUAAUUUCGAGAUUACAGCAGCCAACGUCGCUCAUCUCUGUUGUGUCUCCGACUACCUCGAAAUGACCGAAGACUACUCGAAGAACAACCUCAACUCCCGGGCAGAGGAAUAUCUCCACAGCGUCGUGAUCAAGAGCCUAGAAAUGUGCGUGGAAGUCCUCCAGCACUGCGAGACCCUUCUCCCGCUCGCGGACAGUCUCAAAAUCGUGACGAGAUGCAUCGACGCCAUUGCCUCCAAAACCUGCGUCGAACAGAUCGCGUCAAGCUUCUCCCGCUUGGAAUACAGCAGCUCGGGACGACUCCACAUGAGCAAGCAGACGAAGAAUGAAGGCGACUGGUGGAUCGAAGACCUCUCGGUUCUUCGCAUCGAUUUGUAUGAAAGAGUAAUCGCUGCGAUGAAGUGCCGCGGCGUUCGACCAGAAAGCAUCGGCGCUUCCCUCAUGAGCUACGCGCAGAAAGAACUCCUCAAGAAAUCGAGCCAGAAAUCCGAUUCAAUCUCCGGCCAUGAAAGGCUCGUUGUCGAGACGAUCAUCACCCUCCUGCCCGUCGAGAAAUUCGCCGUUCCGGUUAACUUUCUCUUCGGUUUGUUGAGAAGCGCCGUGUCGCUCGACUGCACGGUUGCUUGCCGCCUCAACUUGGAGAGGCGGAUCGGAUCGCAGCUGGACACUGCCACUCUCGACGAUCUUCUAAUCCCCGCCUUUCGCCACGCCGGCGAUACUCUGUUCGACGUCGACACAGUUCACCGAAUCCUCGUAAACUUUUCUCAGCAGGACGACAGCGACGACGGGAUGGACGACGGCUCGUUAUUCGAAUCCGACAGCGCGUCGUCCCCUUCCCAAACUGCGUUAUUCAAAGUGUCGACGCUACUCGACAAUUACCUCGCGGAGAUCGCCCCGGACGUGAACCUAAAGCUCCACAAGUUCGUCGCCGUCGCCGAGAGCUUGCCUGUGCAUGCUCGGACAGCGCACGACGGGCUGUACCGCGCGAUCGACGUCUAUCUCAAAGCUCAUCCGAAUUUAAGCGAUCCCGAGAGGCAGAAGCUCUGCAAGGUGAUCAAUUUCGAGAAGCUAUCGCAGGAGGCCGGCGCGCAUGCUGCGCAGAACGAACGGCUGCCGUUGCAGUCGAUCGUUCAGGUGCUGUACUACGAGCAGCUGCGGCUGCGGAACGCGCUGCUCUGCUCGUAUCCCGACGAUGGUGGGGAUGGGAAGGCGGUGCAGCAGUCAUGGCGGAUUAGCAGCGGCGCGCUGAGCGCGGCGAUGUCGCCGCGGGACAAUUACGCGUCGUUGCGGAGGGAGAAUCGGGAGCUGAAGCUGGAGCUGGCGAGGCUGCGGAUGCGGCUGAACGACCUGGAGAAGGAGCACGUGUCGAUGAAGAAGAACAUGAUGGAGAAGACGACAGGUUCUUCGGGGAAGUUGAUGAAGAUGACGAUGAAGAAGAUUGUUGGGAGGAGGCUCAUUGGGAGCAUUUUUGGAUUCGGACAUAGCGCGGAUUCGUCGUCGUCUCCGUCGAAGCACUGUAAGUUGAGACAUAGUAGGAACAUGUAAUGUGAUGUAAUUCAACUUCUUGCAUUAUUGAUUAAAAAAAUUGUUACUACAUUUCUUGCUCGUUUUUCGCUUUGCCAAUCGUGCAUGUCUCAAAUCUCAAAUGCCUUUCCCUCUUCUUCUUCUUCUUCGAGUAAAUCUCUUAGAUGUAUUCUUUUUGUAUUAUGAGUGUUUUGAUUUUUUAUUG